AUGGUCCAGAAAGAUCUCCCUCAAAGACUACCCCGACUAACCGCGAGCACCACAUCCCCCCAGUCUGCCGCCGCACGCUGGCAAGCCGUCGCCAACCGCGACGCAACCGCGGAUUCCUUCGUCUACGCCGUGCUCACCACAAAGAUCUACUGUCGCCCAUCAUGUCCUAGCCGCCUGGCCCGGCGGGCCAACAUCCGGUUCUACGACACGCCCUCCCAGGCCGAAACCGCCGGUUUCCGGCCCUGCAAGCGCUGCAGACCGCAGACCCUCCGACCCGAGAACCCGCAGGUCCAAUUGAUCGCACAAGCAUGCGCGACGAUCGAGUCCGACAUUAAGGCCGGCUCCAAGCCGACGACGCUGCGGAACCUCGCGGCCCAGGCCAGCCUGACACCCAGCCAUUUCCACCGCGUGUUUAAGCGCAUAAUGGGCGUGACGCCGGGACAGUAUGCUGCGGCCAUGGUGGAUGGAUGCGGUCCGGUUGGAAACGCGGCGGCUGCGUUUCAGCCCUGUGGUCUUGUGGAUGGGUUGUGCGAUAACGGCGUGGCUGCGGAGGUGGACAUGGAUUGGAACGAUUUUGACGCCCUAAUAGCCGCGGAGGCGUAUUUGGACUCUGGUCUGGGAGCUGUGCCACCUGUGGAUGAUGGGGUUUCUUUAUCGACUGGGGUUGGGAUCCCUGGCGCCACGGAUAUCCUCGACUGGGAUCGGUUUGUGGAGGGUUCACCGGAUGAAGGGAGGCAGUGA